UGAAGCAUUUUGGUUUCAGGCUGGAUGUCAGGAGAGCGUGGAACUUUGGAUAAAUGGAUUUUCUCACUGAGGUUACAGCGUGGCCCAUUUUGUGACAAGUCCUCAAGUCAUUAAGCUUCAGCUGGAAUGAGCAUUUCCUGGAUAGUAUGACCUCCAUACUCCUCGCAUUCCUCUUGCUACCUGCAAUUGGAGGGGUGAUUGCUCAGGUCCAACUGGAACCCGAAAAUGCUGCAAUCCUCCGUGGCACAGAUGCCAGGUUCAACUGCAGCCUCAGUCAAUCUUGGGUUGCCAUGACCUGGUUUCUGAACAGCAACUACGUCCUGACCAUCACCAGAGAGCAUGGUCCCAUCUCAAAUGAUGGACGGUACACUGCGGUAAACCGCAGCACUGACCAGAGCUCCAAGUGGGAGUUUAUCCUGAAGAACGCACAACUGAACGACUCCGGUCUAGUCAGCUGUGAAGUCCAAAAUGUUGAAAGCAAACGGGCCAAUUUGUCUGUUCAAGAGAGCGGCACUGUGACCAUCCUAAGUGGGAAUGUGACAGCCAAGCGGGGGCAGCAGGCCACGUUCCAAUGCCUGGCCCAGAGCUGGUUCCCAGAGCCCCUUGUGACCUGGACUUUCAAUGGAACAGACGUGGACAAGGGCAACUACAACACCAGCAGCGUGGCCUCAGGGGGAUUGUUCAGCUCAACCAGCACUCUGAGCCUCCCUGCCAAUCACAGUGCCCCUGUAGAAUGCCUGGCCACGGUGCCUGCCCUGUCUAUGCCACAAACCAGCAGUGUCUUCCUGUUGGUCGUUCCAGAGACACCUCAGAGGGACCAGACUGUGCUGAUAGCAGUCAUUGUGUCUGUCGUCGCAUUUGCACUGUUAGUACUGCUUGUCAUCGGGAUCGUCUUCUGUUGCAAAAGAAGAAAAGCAGCAAAAUCCAACUAUCAGGAGGAAGUGAGGAAAACAAGAUCCAUAAAUGAGAAGAGCGCCACAGCGGGGGCAGCACAGGGGAAGGAUAACCUGGCAUACUCUCCAGAUGGCCAGACAGGUGUCGCCUACAGUGAAUUCAAUGACAGUGGCUUCAGCCAGACGAACUCCAUCCGCACUAUUGAGAUGCCUGAUGUUGUUAGCACGAGUUACAGCGCCGCCAAUGGGCACGGCCACGACACGCUCACUGCGGAUGGAAUCAGGAAGCACAGGCAUGCAACCAUCGUCUGACGCAGGGCUCUGCAAACCGGGAGCGGGUGUGCAUCACGUUCACUCUCCCUGAAAGGAAAUGCAAGACGUCCAAUUUCAUCUUCCUUUUUUUAAAUAUGGCUGUAUCGUUGUAUAUCAGGUAUGGCAGCAAAAAUAGCUAAGUAAUGUAGAGCAUGAGGUGUGACAGUUAGAGCACCUUUCAAUUUGUCUUGGCUAUAGGAUGCCUUUCUGAAGCCACAAAGGCAUCCUGUAGUCAAACAUGUUUCAGAAGGUCCAACAGUACCACAGUUAAAAAACAAACAUAAAUGCAAGCCGAGGGUUGUGGCUCCAAUUCCUGUAUGAAAACACGUCAUCUGUACCACUGAGAACGGCCAUCAACUCAGUUGUUAGGGUACAACACUGCCGCAUAAAGGUUGCUCACUGUUUAUGUUGUAAAAAUGCCAACAAGUAAUGUAAUGUAAUUAGAGAUUAGUCUGGACUCAUACCUGGAGGUGACAGAUAGGUAUGUAAACAGCUGCAAGUCAGCACACAGGGCAACAGGUUGCAGAAUAUGUAAACUGAUACUGAUAUCCUCUGUGCCACAGAAGAAAACUUUUUAUAUUGGAUUAGAGUUCACAGAUCUUGGACUGUGAGGCCUGGAAAGUGCUAUUGUGUGUCUGAGGUACAGGAAGAAGUAGUUAAAACUUUGCCAUGGUGUCCCAGAGCGCUGUCAGACCGAGAUGGAGUAUGCAGAGCCUGUGGCAUGCCGCAAACAGGGGUUCAUGAAUCUUGUGGGUUAGAAGGCCUUUGUCCCUGGCCACCUCUCUGCCUUCACUGUGAAAGAACUCAUAAAACCAGUGCCUGGAAGGCUACUUAGAGCCAAGUACUAUUCAAACUGAAAGCAAAGCUCUGCUUUCUCUCCUCAAAUGGAUAAUUGUAUACACCAGGUUAUGAAAAAUUAUGUCUCAGACAAGUCCAGUUGCUAAAUUGUCUGCUACCUUGAAACAGUCUGUCAGUAAUUAUAGAUUAUAAACUCCAUUCACAAAUUUUCUUUAUUCCAUAUUAUUCUUCAGAAUCAUUGGGUGUUGAAGUUUUACAAGA